AUGUGGUUGGUCUUGGUGGAAGCCAUCUCUGGGUCUGAUGCUGGAAGCCACCUCCAGGUUGGCGACCUGGUGAAGGAAGUGUUCGUGUUUCCCCAAGAGACCAAAGACUCCCACGUGUUGGUGAGGGCAAAGCUCGAGCAGCCGCUGCAGAACUUCACCGUGUGCCUGCGGUCCUACACCGACCCGACCCGGCCCCACAGCCUCUUCUCCUACGCCCCCAAGGCGCAGGACAAUGAGAUCCUUCUCUUCAAGCCCAAGCCCAGCGAGUACUGGCUCUAUGUUGGGGGCAAGUUUGUGUCCUUCCGUGUCCUUGGGGCCAUCGUGGCAAGUGAGCACAUCUGCGCCAGCUGGGAGUCCAGCACCGGCAUUGUGGGCUUUUGGCUCAACGGGAAGCCCUGGCCCCGCAAGGGGCUGCAGAGGGGCUACACGGUGGGGGCGGAGGCGGCCAUCCUGCUGGGGCAGGAGCAGGACACCUUCGGGGGCGGCUUCAAUGCCCGUCAGUCCUUCGUGGGGGAAAUGUCCUCUGUGUACAUGUGGGACACAGGGAUCUCCACAGUGAGGGUGCUGGCGGCCAUGCAGAACAGCCCUGACAAAGCCCCCAUCUUCGGCUGGAGAAACUUCCCCUACAAGACCGUGGGAGAGGUGUACCUGAAGCCCUGA